AUUCGGUGAAAAGCAAUAAUAAUAGUCAAUAAGUUUAGAUGCCUAUUUGAGGAUGACUUCAGUCUGUACGGCGCACUCUGUAGGUGUCUACGGGGCAUGUACGAAGCAGGUAACAACAGACUACUGACUGUCUGCAAUGUAUGCACUGCACUGAAUAACUACAAACAAUCUAGCGUACUCCUUACAAAGUAACACUCCAUCGUACUCUAUGUAUGUGCUCCGUUACGAGCACAGCACAUUCUUCGCUUUAUUGCUUUCUUUUUCCUCCCUUAUCUUGUUGUGAAAUUGAUCAUCCGUUCGAUGUCUUGCAAUUCUUCACAAAUCUAGACAAUGCAGGACAAAGCACGUUCCAAACAACAUCGUUGCCCGUCCAUCCUACCCGCCGGUCUGAGUCCGGUCAACAAGGGAGGAACAUACCAGAUACUGGUAAUAGGUAGUAAGAUUUGGCGUAGCCCAGUGUCGAAGUUGGGAUACGGAGUACAUAUCGGGUACUGUAAUUACUAGGCAGUUAGUACGGGGUACCACAUCAUCGAGAUGGAAUACGAGGAGGACACUUGUUGGCCUGCAGACUGUACGUGAUUAUUGAUAGCAUACCUAGUUACCUUACUCUUACUCGUACUAU